AUGAAGUUCUGCCCCACGUUGAUGGCCGUGCCUUGGGCUGGGCUGGCAAAGGCUGGCCGAGUUCAAUGGGCUGGGGUCAACCUUUUUGGCCUUGCCAAUGACAUCAGUAUUCUUGGUUCCGCCUUCAAUCCCUUUGUUAGCACCGCCUGUCAUCCGACCAACACAAGCUACCCAUACAUCGACGACGUCUCACACUACAAGUCCUGGCGUGACCGUGGCUUCAACCUCUUUCGCAUUGCCAUAGCAUGGCAGCAUGCUCAGACAGAGCUGGGCGGGAGUCUCAACGAGACGAAUAUGCGCGGCGUCGACAAGUUGAUCGAGGCCAUUACCGGUGACGGCGGCCAGGCCAUCAUUGACAUUCACAACUAUGCGCGGUGGUACUGUGCCGUAAUCGGUCAACCUGAACGAUCGUUCCUCAACCCAACUGUCAACGUCACCAACGCACACUUUUCAGAUCUCUGGGUCAGACUUGCGGCUCGAUACAAGUCAAACCCAAAUGUCAUUUUUCAGCUCAUGAAUGAACCCCACGAUCUCGACAUUGACAAAUGGGCGGACACAACCCAAGAGGCCAUCCUGGCCAUCCGCACCGUCACCACGAAGCACACCAUUCUCGUCUCCGGCACACAAUUUGCGCGACUUGUCGACUGGCAAUCCUUCUCCAUGCCGGCCCUCGGUCCCGGCCUUCUUCAGGACCCGGCUCACCGCACCAUGUACGACUUCCAUCAGUACUUCGACGACUUGGGCGGUGCAUACGGCAUGUGCGAGCCGUGGGCUGGGUACGUGCAACGCUUUGAGGAGGUGACGGCGCUCUUGCGAAGGACCGGAUACCGCGCACUUCUGACUGAGUUUGGCGGCGGGCCGUUCCCGCAGUGCGCGCAGCUGGUGAGUCGCCUGCUGGCGUUCUUGGACCGCAACAGUGAUGUGUGGUAUGGGUGGACAGCCUGGGGGAGCUUCAACAUCGGCUCGGACCUGUACCUGAGCUUGGAACGCAACUCGACUUUUAACGCGAUGACGCGCGUGUUGGAGGACUACGCGCCUCUCCGAAAUAUGACGGCAAAAUAG